UUCAGACAGCAAGCCGCUUUCGCUUGGUGCAAGCACUUGGUGGAACAUUCUGGAUCCUUGGGUCCAUCAGCUUAUAACCGAACAUUUCGGCAACUGGCGGUGAAUUUAUCACUUACUACGCAUCGUACUCCGCCAGUUCGUUGAGUUUUGGGAUAAAUGAACUAUACGUAAAUGUACUGAACUUUUCGAACACGAGCAGAAAUGUUCAACAGGAAGAAUUCUGGAAGAUAAUAACCGAACAGACGCUGAACGAAGAUAAUGUUUUUGGCAUGGAGUCUUCAGAAUUUUUUCAUCAUUUUGAUUUUGCCGAAAUGCACGACGGGGAUGCCGAUGUUGUCAUUACCAUCAGAAGAUGCGUCGUAUCUCCUGCGGACACAGAUGAAGUCAGCGGUAGAAAACAUCUUGGCUCGGUACUUCUCCAGAAAACUUUAUUUCCUCGCGUUGCACAAAGAAGAUGUUUCGCACGACCCCGCAAUAGAUGAAAUGAUGACUCACAUAUACUCUGUCACAUCUGUGCCAGUUUUAUCGCUAGCGAAUUUCGACGGCGAUGUGACAAAGUACUCGCGCAGUUACACUUUCAGCAGACUAGACACCACAGAGAGUGCUGUGGGCUAUGUUCUCUUGGCUAAGAGGUUGGGCGGAGACUGUCUGCCGGGGUACAACUCGACCAGCCUGCCUUUUUGGAAUCCUCAAGCUCGCUUCCUCCUGGUCCUGACAGAGGUCCUGGCACAGGAUCCACCGCAUGUGCUCGGAGCACUCAAGGACUGCUGGAACUCGUUCAACAUGCUGAACGUCGCUGCGGUGUAUUCUUCUGGAGCGGCUGAUCCUCCAGAGAGGCGCUUGAGCGUGACGUCCUACAAUCCGUUCAACGACACAUUCUCCAGGUUCGAAGUCGGACCAGAAGGAAGGAGAGGAAGUCUCGACGUUUACCCGCAGAAACUCCUCGACACCAACGGCUUCGUGUUCGACGUCAGCACGAGUCCCGUCCACGAGCUGGUAGACGUCUCGUACGACGAGGACGGAGAGGUCAGCUACUCGGGCCCGGCCUUCUCGGUGACCUGCGCCGCCGUGAAGAAGCUCAACGGCACCGCGAACCCCAUACCUCCCGUCAGCUCCAUCUUCGUCACCGACCUGGAGCACUCGAGGACGCUGUACGCCGACGAGGCCUCGUACAUGUGGGGCAUGCUCAGGUGGUACACGUACCCGCACGAGUGGAUGUGCCUGACGGGCAUCGUGCCGAAAGCGAAGCAGAUCCCCAGGUACAUGAACAUAGUGAUGCCACUCUCCUACGGGCUGUGGGGCCUCUACUCGGUGACGUUCCUCGUGGUCGGCUCCUGCUGGCGGUUGUCCGCGGGUCCCAGCGCGCUGCUGGAGUCUGUCCGUCUGGCCGCGAGCGGAGCGUGCCUGAAGAUGCCCCGCGCGGCACCUCAGAGGACGCUCGUCCUGGCGGCCACGCUCUGCUACCUUGUGGUCAUGAACAGCUACCAGGGCGCGCUGACUGGCUACCUGUUCUCCACGCACUACCACCCGGACAUCAGCGACGUGGACGAGCUCCUGGACUCGGGCCUCAAGCAAUGCAUGUUCAUGUCCUUGUCCGACCUGACGGAGAUGGCGGGCGACUUCGACGUCAGCGGCAAGGCCAUGCAGGUGUUCCUGAGCGACCCGGUGCUCAUCACGGACGAGCGCGAGGCCCUGGACGUGGUGGCCACCCACGGGAACAUCAGCCGGUGGAUGAGCCGCGUCAUGGCGCUGCACGCGACGACGCUGCCGCGCUACCGGGAGGACGAUGGCGAGCCCAAGCUCCACGUCGUCGAUGGGUGCUUCUUCGUGUACCCCAUGAGCCACUGGGUCAUGACGCCCAACAGCCCCUUCCUCGCGCGCUUCAACGCCGUCGCCAUGCGCAUGCUGGAGGCCGGAUUCGUGCCCAAGUGGAGGCGCGACUACACCGCGGCCGGCGAGAGGGCGUCCCUGCUGGGGCGUCGCGGCGGCGCCGCGCGCGUCAUCACCUUCACGCACCUGCUCAUCCCCUUCUGUGGCCUGGCGUCGGGCCUGUGCCUCGGCUCCCUGGCGCUGCUGCUCGAAGUGCUCACGUCUGCGGCGCGCGCACAUUCCACACUCCAGACUGCGAGACACUGACAAACAUAUACACGCUGCAACUGCACCAGUUAUUACCAGAAUGUCUAUCAAACGCAAACUCCAAUGAAGUUAUUAUGAAAAGAUCAAUUAAUACAACAAAACUAAAACUAUAAAAAAAAA